AUGGAUAUCACUCGGAAGGCCCUCGAAGCUGCCGUACAUGAGGUAAUUGAAUUUAUCCCAACCGAGCACCAUGAAGCUGCCGAGAUAAUCAGCAAGAUAUGGGGGGCCGAUGGGGGACAAGAGUUCAGACGUGAUACAGAUGCUUCAGGCGAACCUCUCCACCCAGAUAUCGAAUCAUGGCUGGGACAUAGUGCAGUAGCCCAACCCAUGACCGUCUUCGAGACUUGGGAGAAUCAACAUCGUCGAACUCUCCUUGCGACUUCUUGGCUUGAAAGAUGGCAAGAGUCCAAGUCCCAGACUACGACCGGAAGACCGAUUGAUGGCUUAAUUAUGCCAUGCACUCCGUUUCCUGCUAUUCGUCAUAAUACAGGUUACCCAGUACGUCAAAUAUUCCGUUUUGUGAAAUCCAAGUACUGAUUUGCUAUAGCACCACUGGGGAGCCCUAUCACCCCUUCUAGACCUGACCACAGGUGUGUUUCCGGUGGCUCAGGUUGACCUUGAGAAAGACGUUGUUCCUACGGAUUGGCAGCCAUUGACCGAUCUCGAUCAAGAGAUCUCGGACUUUUGUAAGUUUCCCAACCUAAAAUUCUGCAAGAUCUUCUCUAAUACAUCCUCGAAUUUCAGAUGGAGGGCCGCAAAAUCACGAAAAUGCGUUUAUUGGAUUAGCGGUAAUUGCUCGUCGACUAGACGAAGAGAAAGUUGUAGCUAUGCUUGAGCUUAUCUCAAAGGCACUUAUAAAAUGGCAAGGGAAAGCCUAUGAUCAAUCUCCUUCGCAACCAAAGGUUGGUAUCUGA